AUGCAGCCGAAUGAAGCAUACUUCGAACUCAUCGACUGGGCUGUGGAGCGCGCUGCCAGUUACGGAGCCGCUUUUAAUGACUCGACAGCGUAUGAGUGGGGCAAGUACAUUGGUGGCCGCUACCCUGGUCUGAGUCACUUCCGUAAACGCAGUCCGGAGAUUCAAUAUUCCGCUCAGUUUAAUGAGUUUCUGACAAAGUUAAAGACGGUCUUGUCGGAAGAUUCCGAAGCGUGGAAGACUGUCAAGACUGUGGACAUCAGCUUCUUGAGCUCAGCGGAAGAUCCCAGUGUCGACGUCUCGCCUGCUGAAGCGCGUGCUUUCCUACACGGAGAGGAAGAAGUGGAUGUCAACUUGGCUGCAGCCUCGCUCAAUUCUAUUUGCGAUGCCACGUUUGGCAACCACUAG